AUGGAGCCUAGCAUCGAGCAGUAUAGGCGAGACGACAGAACAUUCUGGGCUCCGGGAACAGUGGAGUUGAAAGACGUUCAUCAAGCAGAAGACCAGAUAGUUCUCUUCCCAAUGCCUACUGUCGAUCCAGAUGACCCUCUCAACUGGUCUACAUCCCGCAAAGCAAUCAAUUUCACACUUGUCAGCUUCUUCGUUUUAUGGACUUUUGUUCAACUCGAUAUCGCCUUUACCGCAUGGGGACCUAUGCAGACGGAGCUUAAUUUCUCGAUUAGCCACCUAAAUGGCGGCUCAGCAUUAACCUAUGGCGGAUUAGCCAUUGGAUGCUUUUUCUUCGUCCCACUUGUGCACAAAUAUGGACGCCGUCCACUCUAUCUAUUCAGUAUCAGUCUCCAGUUUAUCGCCUGCCUCUGGCAGGCUAGGAUCCAUACCGUCAGUGAUUUAUUUGGAAGCGGUUUCAUCUCAGGCCUAGGAGGCGCUACUAGCGAGGUUAUUGUGCAGGUCACUAUUGCGGACAUGUUUUUUGUGCACCAACACGCCACCAUGAAUGGGUGGUUUCAAAUAUUUCAGUGUACAGGUGCAUUCCUCGGACCUGUGGCGGCCGGGUAUAUUGUCGACUCGGAGGGAUGGAGAUGGAUCUGGUGGUGGUGUGCCAUCUUUUUCGGGGUGACAUUACUCUGUGUUGUCUUCUUAUUUGAGGAAUCGAAAUAUGUUCCCGUCCAUAACAGCCAAGGCACUACAUCAUCAUCCUGUCCCGAAUUGACAGAUGCAGCUACCGACACCAAGAAUAAAAUGCAGGAAGAGAACAAAGGUGACAGCGAUACGGCGAUAACUCGGGUCACGACUAGUCCCCAAUCCGCGAGCAAAACAUACUGUCAGAGAAUGUCCCUAAUCACCAAGACGGAUGAGCCUAUCUGGCAUCACUUCGUCCAGCCAAUUGUGGUUCUUUUUUCCUUUCCUGCAGUUACCUAUUGUGCUCUCACAUACGGCACCACCCUGGCGUGGUUCGCCAUCAUGACCUCCAUCCAGGCAACAUAUUUACUCGAACCUCCGUACAAUUUCAAUGCUAUCGGCAUUGGAUUGAUGAACAUCGCGCCUUUUGCAGGUGCAGUGAUCGGCUUCCCCUUCGGCGGCUAUCUUAGCGACAAGUCGAUCAUGUGGCUGGCAAACCGAAAUAACGGUAUCUAUGAACCAGAAAUGCGCAUAUGGCUCGCUCUUCCGCUCGCCAUCAUCAGUCCAGGUGGAAUCUUGAUGUUUGGUCUUGGUCUUGCUCAUGGCGCGCCUUGGAUCCUCCUUGCGAUGGGUUUCAGCUGCUUUGGAUUUUCAUUCGCCUCAGUCGGCGCUAUUUCUCUCUCGUACGCCAUGGACUGUUAUCAGGAUAUCAUUGGUGAUGCGCUUGUCGGCGUGGUCUUUACCCGGAAUAUCUUCUCUCUCAUUAUUCUUUUCGUCAUCACACCGUGGGUCCAAAAGAUGGGCAUGCAGAACCUCCAUAUACUUGUUGCAGUUCUCGCAUUCGAAGAUGGCGCAGAAUCAGCUAACCCACCGGACUAUUUGACCAAUUCAGACAAGACGAUGAUCUCAGAUAUCGAGGACAACUACCUGCUUUGA